AUGCUAAACGACCAAAGGAGAUCUCAAGGAUUGUUUAAGAUGAGCAAUAUCAGUGACUUGCCUGACGAUUUACUCGUGAAGAUAUUGUCAUCGAUCCCGACAAAAGAUGUUGUGGCCACGUGUCUUUUAUCGAAACGGUGGGAGUCUCUCUGGACGAAUGUGACGAGGCUGGAAUUCGUUGACAAAUCUCUGCUCUCACAUCAGUGUCCCAAUCUAGAAAGCCUGCAUUUCAAAUUAAAGUCAGGGUAUGCUUGUAGAGAAAUCGGAUUGUGGAUUCGAACCGCAAUCAACCGUCACAUACGCGAGCUUACAAUCGAGUGUGGCGAUAUCUUGAUCCAUUUGCCAUUUAGAUUAUUAACCUGCGAAACACUUGUGAUCUUGAAACUCAAAGGUUGGUUCGAUCUAAACAUUCCUUUGACUGCCUCUCUUCCUUCCCUCAAGACUCUUCACAUUGUUCUCCUUAGGGAAUCAAACUACGAAUCGUUUUCUAAGCUUUUAUCGAACUGUCCACUUCUUGUUGACCUCAUGGUGGAACAAAGAAAAAGCAAUGCCAUGUCAACGCUUAAUAUCACGGUACCUUCGCUGCAGAGAUUGUUCAUGAGAACAGUAGUUGAGGGUGAGAGUGACUUGAGAUAUUCUUCUAACGAGAAGCAUACUCCAAAGGUUGAGAUAAAUGUUCCUUCUUUGAAGUACUUAAACAUUGACGACAACUGUAAUGACUUUGAUGUCGCUAAGAACUUGCCUCAAGUUGUUGAGGCAAGUAUCAAAGCUAAUGAAACAUCUACCAAAGCUUUCCUCAUGUCUCUUACCAGUUCAGCCAAGCGUCUUUCUUUAUAUUCAGUGAAGUCAGAGGACAUGGAUCUUAGUUUCUUCUAUCAACUUGUACACUUGGAGCUAUGCACAUCUGCAAAUGGGUGGGUGAAGUUACUUGCACACAUGCUUAAAUGUUCCCUUACACUACGAGUUCUCAAGCUUUUCAAUGAACAUUCUAACUGGUGGAUGCGUCCACUGGAUCGCUGGGACCCGCCGAGCUCUGUUCCAGAGUGUAUGAUGUCAAGUCUUGAGACACUAGAGUGGAGAGAAUACUUAGGGAGAGACAUAGAUGUGGAGAUUUUGAGUUAUCUCCUGAAGCAUUCGUCAUCUUUGAGGACGGUGAAGAUAUCCUCUGAUGAAUCCAAGUCCGUGGAAGAAACGCAUCAGAUGGUCGAUGACUUAGCUUGUGUGUUUAUAGAUUCACCGAAUGCAAACUUGUGUUCGACUUAUGAAGUUGUGUUUUGA